AUGAAUUCAGACUCCAGCCCGAGCAGCAGAGCCUCCUCCCCGGACAUGGACGGCAUGUCUUUCCACCACCACCCGCUCAACAACCACCACAGUCACCACCACCACGUCGGCUCCUCCGUGUCCUCCUCCACGCAGAGCGGCGAGCGCCAGAAGAUGACCGGCGCAGAGCACCUCCUGCGUUCCGGAGACCCCAAGUCUUCCUCCGUGGAGAGCAGCAACAAGUACAAACUGAAGAAACAGGUCACUGAGGAGGAAAUGUACCAGCUUCGGCUCAAGAUUAACGGCCGGGAGAGAAAACGCAUGCACGACCUCAACCUGGCCAUGGACGGCCUGCGCGAAGUGAUGCCCUACGCGCACGGGCCCUCGGUGCGAAAGUUGUCAAAGAUCGCGACUCUGCUUCUCGCCAGGAACUACAUCCUGAUGCUCACAAGCUCAUUGGACGAGAUGAAACGGCUGGUGGGAGAGAUUUACGGCGGGCAGCACUCCGCUUUCCACUGCGGCACCGUUACGCACGCCUCCGCUGGCCCCGGUGGACACUCCGGGGGCCCCGCCGCUGCUGCAGCCGCCGCUGCUGCCGCCGCCGCUGCGCACCAGGUGCACCCUCUCCUCGGCAGCGCAUUAACCUCCUCCACCUCCUCCACACUUUCGAGCGCACUGCCGGGACUCACGUCGAUCCGGGCUCCACACUCCCUGAUGAAGGGCUCCCCGGCUGCACCCCCGGCCCUGCAGCUGGGCUCCGGUUUCCAGCACUGGGCCGGUCUGCCGUGUCCCUGCACCAUCUGUCAGGUUCCCCCGCCUCCACACAUCCCCAUCACCUCCACCGGCCUAACGAGACUCACAGGGGAAAAGGAAGUGCUGAAAUGA